GACUGCAUGUAGUAUGUACCGCACAAAAUACAAACGAGCUCCAGCCAGAAAUCGCAGAUUCAGAAGGACUCCCUGUCUCUCUCUCUAUCUCUCCCUUUCUCCCUCCCUGUCUGAGGAUCUGUGGGCUGAUACUCUCUUCGGCUUUGGAGUUUGGGGAAGAAAAAGGGUAGCAUUGUGAUUACAAGGCGAUUGAUUUCUCUGUUUUUUUCUCUUCGCGACUCUUUUCUUACUCCCGAACUAUGCACCGGCCGAACUAUGCACCGACAGGCGUUACUUCGUCCUUGAGCUGCUGGAACUUCCAUUAAUGGCAGUUUUUCGCCUCUGCAUUUCCGGUACUGAUUCUGAAGACAUCUGUUCUAUGGAAUAUCAUUCAGAGCUUAAAAGCAAUUCAGGUGAUCGACAACAUCUAGAAACUUCUGGGAAGCCCUUACUGCCCCAAGCAAGUCAAAGUGUAAAGCUGCGAGAAAGGGUAAAUCCUGAAAAGCCUAAUCUAUCGUAUGCUGAUCUUCAUCAUGAAAUUACUGAGAAUGCAAAGGACAUCCCACCCAAAUCUUCGGAUAAUCUCCAAAAACAACAGAAUGGUAGGAAGGCAACCGAAGAAGAUGAACUUGUGAAGUACAUGUCAAAUUUGCCAAGUUAUCUGGAGAGAGGAGAGAAACUCCAGGAGAAAGUUUUAAAUGUUGGGGUUCUUGACUGGGGGCGUCUUGAAAAAUGGCACCAUGGUCAUAAACAGGUAGCAGAUGAGAGCAGCCAGUAUUCACAAUCUAGUAGCAGCACAUCAUCAUCAUUUUCGACGGAUGGUUCAUCUGCUCAUUCUAGCAGAGGUCAUAGCCGCUCUCCUGCUCGUCCAAGGACACGACAUCCUUCAUUGCAUUGCCAUCUGAUGGAAUCUCCAAUAGAAGGUCAUUCUCAAGAUGUCCAAGCCUUAAGGGAAAGUGCUGGAAAGUUUCAAGAUCUUAAAUCUGCAGAGAGUAACAUCUUGAGUGGGCAGCGGAAGUUCAUAGAUCAGCCUCUUUGUAAUACAGUAAUCAAGCAGGAGGAGUACAAGAGAAAGGAUCCAGACCCAAAGAUUAAUCAAGAUAGUGGAUUUAUCCCAAACAACCUGAAUUAUGAGGUGGCAUCAUGUACAAAGUUAAAGAAAAAGAUUCAGGAUGGUGAAAUUAAGAAGAGAGCAGAGAAGGUACGAGAACCAAAAUCAAACAAUAUUGAUCAAGAUGUCUCUGCAAAACGUGAAACUGUUGUUCUCCUUCUGCCAAGGGAUCUCCCCCAAAAACAUCAUUCCGGAAUGACCCGGUUUGCCGAUUUGACAGCAUUGUUAGGUCGAAGAUCAGCAGAAGCAAGUCAAAGGAGAUUCUCUGAGAGAUCUAAUGAGAUAUGCCGUGAGGUUAAUUCUGACAUCCCACACUCAUGCCCGCUGCCUUUUGAAGUUGACAGUGAACACACUCACUUAAAGCAGCCUGGCACCAUAGAUGUGGAGAGUGUCAACUUUUCAUCUAAUACAUCCAUCCCAAUGUCACGUUCAGCUAAAGUAGGAAUCAGUCCGUCCAGAUCCAGAAACUUUGGAGAGAAAAAAUCGGCUGUAAUACGAACAAACAAAACAAAUGAACCUUCGAAGGGGUCGGACUUGAACAUAAACAAAUUUACAGAUGAAAAAGUAAGAAACUCUUCACCUUUCCGCCGACUUAGCAUUGAUUUGGGAAAGAUGAGCGGAAGUACCAGCACCAAAGAGGGUCUAGAUACACAGCAUACAGGCUCAAAAUAUACUUCAGAUAAAACUGUGGCUUAUGCUUGCUCAGAUGUGUCAAACAAUGAUAAACCCAAUGCCACAGGCAAAGCCAGGUCCAGCCCUUUGAGAAGGAUACUUGACCCAUUACUGAAGCCGAAGGCAGCCAGCUGCCAUCACCAUGUGGAACCAUUACAGAGAGAAUCAGUAUCAAUGGAUAGAGCUUGCAAAAAUUCUGGUGGAAGAUUGGAUUCUUCAACUGUGGACUCUGGGAAAUUAAAAUUAGAAACAACAGUUCAAGCUCUUCUGCGAGUUGCGAUUAAAAAUGACCAGCCUCUGAUCACAUUUGCAGUUGAUAAUGGCACUGAUAUUCUUGCGGCCACAAUGAAGAAGUUAAGUACCUCAAGAAGGGGUGACUACAACUCAAUUUAUACAUUCUUCACCAUUCGAGAAGUCAAGAAGAAAAAUGGGAGUUGGAUGAAUCAAGGAGGUAGAAGCAAAGGCAAAGGUCCUAAUUACAUUCCUAAUGUCAUUGCGCAAAUGAAGGUUUCUGAUUCCGAGUUUUCCAAUUUGAUUGGACAGCCUUGUAUGGAUCAUUUCAGUACGAGAGAAUUUGUUCUGUUUUCUGUGGACCUAAAGCAAGAAGAUCAACAAACUUCUGACUUCCAGCCAAAUGAUGAGCUUGCAGCUGUUGUUGUCAAAAUUCCAAAUUGCAUCACUAGAAGUUCCGUAACAGGUUCAAAAGAGUGGUUGCCUGGGAUGGGAGGUUAUUCCAGCACUGGGGAACACACCAAGAAGCUGCCUUUCAUCGGUAUUAAGGAUCUUUUUAGUGCUACAGUCAUACUUCCAAGUGGUGUGCAUAGUAUACCAAGUAAGGGAGGACCUUCAUCGCUGAUUGAACGCUGGAAAUCUGGGGGAUUAUGCGACUGUGGAGGGUGGGAUUUGGGCUGCAAACUUCAGAUUCUUACUAACCAGAAUCAUAGCAAUAAGAAAUUGGGUUCAUCUAAAGUUUGUUCCACAAGAGAUAAAAUUGAGCUUUUCUGUCAGGAAGGAGUUCAAUUAAACCAGCCCCUCUUCAGUUUGGCCCCAUUCAAGGACGAGAUCUAUUCAGUUGAGUUCAAUUCUUCCCUCUCAAAUUUACAAGCAUUCUCCAUUUGUAUAGCAGUUUUAGACAGUAAGAAACCAUGUGAGCUUUCAGAACCAACUGACUCUUCGGAAGGAAAAACUUUAGAAGAAACAAUAUCAAUGCAAAAUGAUAGAAUAAAGGCUCCAAAUCAAACUGAAGAACUUCCUGCAAGAUAUGUCUCAUAUCCACCCCUUUCUCCAGUUGGGAGGGUGUAGAUUCAUGUGCAGAAUCAUCUUGCAGGUAACAGUGAUGGUUUAUGUCAAUAUUUUCUGUUGGCUUGUUGGGCUAUGGGUUUUGUACUUGUGUGGAUCAAAGCCACUUUGUGAUUGGUAUGUUCAGCUGAAUAGAAAACGAUCUUGAAGUUCAUCGCGCCCUCUAUAGUGGCAGGAUAAGUACCCAGAACCCCUUGUGUAUUUUGUGUUACUUACGACUAAAGAAGCAAUAGCAACUGUACUAUGAGAGAAGCAAUCUUCAUCAAUUUUAAGUAUGCAUAUUAUGAGUGAA